UCUCAAACUGUGGGCAGACAAACAUAGCACCAGGGAGAGCUAUUAGCAGCAGCAGAAGAUCACCCAGGAGCUCUAAGAUAUUUAUUUAUUAGAGUCUUCCUGUUACUUAAAGUCCUGACCUCCUCACUAAGCAAUUUGGAGUCGAUGUCGAUAGAAUGGCGAAUAGUGUGAUCAGUUUGUCAACUUCUGAGACCCGUCGGUCUAAUGAUUAUUCUCCUGACUGGACUCCGUACUCACAGUCGUCCCUGCUUAACUGGACAACCAACACACUGUAGGAAACAUGAACCCUGAGUCUCUGGACAGGUCCAUCCAGAACACCCUCUCAGACCUCUACCCUCCCUUUGAGGCCACAGCCCCCACCGUCCUGAGCCAGCUCUUCCAGGUCAUAGAGGAACGUUACCAAGGAGACACACUCAAGUGUCUGCUGGACUUCCUCAUUACAGCCAAACACAUCCUUGAGAGUGUUCAACAGGCUGCCUGUGCCCAGUACUCUGAUGUGGUGUUCCGCUGUGAGGGCUGGCCUCUGUGUCUGCAUGAGAAGGUGGUGAUCCAGCUUGCCUCCAUCAACCCCCUAUUGCUGCGCCCAGGGGACUUCUACCUGCAGGUGGCACCCUUUUCUGAACAGUCCGCCCGCAUUGUGGUCCGGAGCCUGCUGGGGGAGGAGGAGGGACAGGGUCGGGAGGUAGAGGAGACACCCAUCCCUGAGACCUCCUACCCCUGCAUCUUCACUGAGGACUGGCUGGGGGAGCUCAACCAUGGCCGCCAUGGCACCCUUCUCAGCCACUGUAUCCUCUCCACAGACCAGGGCAUGGUGAAGGUGCCAUGGGCACAGGUGGCUCUACCUGAGUUUGUGGAUAAACCCAGAACUAUGGCCUUGUCAUCUCCUAACCCUGCUGCUACUCAACAGGAGAAAGUGCCAAGGCCAGUGCCCUCGUUGGCGCUGCCUCCCCCUGCCUCUGGGUACUCUGUGGAGACUAGGAUCUCUCCUGCUAAACAUGGCAUUGCGGUGUCGCUGUGUCUGGUGGACAGUAACUGCUCCAGGCUGGUUAAGGUGGAUCAGGAUAGGCCUGUGGCUAAGCCAAUUGGCUGGGUGUCUCCCAACACAUGGGACAGCCGCAGCAACAACACCUCUGAAGUUGAGGGGGAAUACAUAGACUUGGUGGAGUUCACUAAGCAGAAAGAAGCGUUGCUCAGUGGGGCUCACAGUCACACACACCCCAGAGCACCCAUAUUUAGGCCUGUUACCCUCAACAGGCCUGGUGUUCCUUCGGCUCCAGCCCUGCCCCCGCCCCUGGCCUUGGCUCCUGCCCCCCACCGGCCCCUCAGAGAACCGUUACACUGUGGCCGGACCGUCCGAUUCCCCGAAAACCCCCCCUGCACCCCUUGCAUGAGGAGGAGAAUGGGCCAGGUGUCCAAAGCACAGGAGCUCAGGUGCCGGUACAGAGAGUCUUACCAUUCAGCACUGCAGAACCCUGUUACCUUUGAGAGAGACAAUAGACUGAAUACACUGGCGGUUCUGGAGGAGGCUAGUCUAUGUGAGGGGAGACUGGGACCAGAGGGUAAAGAAUUAUGUCCUGGUCCCUCCCAGCAGUGCUACUAUCCAGACCCAGGUCACCAUAACCAGACUCCACCUGUUAGCACGGUUUCCUGUUGGAAGUCUGGAGAAAGUAACACUAUAUCCAGUGGAGUUUUGCAAGGCCUAUGUGGCACUAGGGAGUCUACAGAAAUUACUACCAAAUCCAUUGGAAUUUUACAAGGCCUGAAUGACACCAUAGAGGAUGAUGGGAGAUGUCCCUCCUCUCUGUCGACCACUAUUGUGGACAUAUCAGAGAAGUGUGAAGUUGUGAUACAAGGAAGAAAAAGUAGGGACAUUGACUUCACUACAAAGAUGAUUCCCAGCUUACAUGUAGUGAAAUGUAAAAACACGACAGCUUUUGGCCUGGUUUCCCCAAAGAUGAACAGGCGGAGACUGCCCAACCAAGAUGUCUCCCAGGCUGGCCAACCCUUCAUACCCGUUACAAACGGACACCAGACCCCUCCACUUGAAAUUACCCAGCAGCCCCUGGAUCACCAUGCUGUGCCCAGCUCUAAGGUCCUGUUACCAGCCUCAGCAGAACACAGCACUCACCAUCUCCAGAUGGGAGUCGCAUGUCUAACUGGUGGCAGAGACAGGACAGGUCGGUUGGUGGUUGAGGUGCACGGAGACAAGGAAGGAUGGAGAUCUCCUUUAGUGUCAAGUCUGGAACUCAGCAAACUUCUGCUCUACCUCCACUCUGUAAUCAAGCGAGAACUAAGAGAACUUGGAAUGACACUAGUUAUUGAUGCUCGGAAGACUCCACCUCCACCACAGUUCAAUAAGGCCUUGUUGGUGGUUCAGGAGCAGAUUCCCCAUGCAAUACACAGUGUCUUGAUCCUAGUGGAGAAGGAGAGCUGCCAUCGCACAGAGAAAUGUCCUAGACUACAGAUUGCUGUGGUGACCUCACUGAAGGGGUUGCACAAGCUGGUGGAGGGGAGUCAGCUGACCUCCGGCCUAGAGGGCACCCUUCCCUACAACCACAUUGACUGGCUGCAGCUCCAUCAGAAACUUCAUCCCUUUAUGUCAGAUCUCCAGGAGGCCUCAGGUUUGCUACUAACAGCCAUCAGGAAACUAGAGGAAGACCGUAAGAUUGACACAGUGCAGGAUGUACAGAGGUGUAUUCUAGAACAGAGAACUCUGAUGAAGGAUGUUCUGGAGGACAGACGGUUGGUCGUUUUGCAAAGGGAGGGAGGAGCCAUGCUGGCUAGACUGAGAAGGGAGAGUGACCUCAGAUACUCUCACUGUGAGGAUUACAGUGAUGCAGUGGAUUCUGUGACCUGCAUGUACAACCAUGUAGAGGAGCAGGCCCAUGUGCUGGUGCACAGAUCCAACAUGUCCCUGGAGCACCUUGAAUACCUGCUCCAACUCAGAGAAAUGGAGGGCCAUUUCUCUAAGAUCAGAGAAUGGUUUGAUGCAGAAGGGGAACGGCGGUUGUUGGAGGCAGAAUCCGUGGAGGAUUCUAGAAAAAGAGUGGAGCAGACUCUCCGUAGUUUCAGUGCAUUCCUCACUAAAGCCAAUGAGCAGAAGCACAAGGCUAUGGCCCUGGUGACGGAGGCAGAGAAGAUCCAGGGUCCAUCCCCAUACCCUGAGACUGAGGUGUUCAGGACCAUGGUCUGCACCUUCAAAUCUGGCCUGGCUGACUUCCUCUCCCGGGCAGAGAGGUGCUGUAGUGAGCUGGAGACUAUGGUCACUGUGUGCAACUUCUGUGAGCAGGCUACUGAGCUGGCCAAAGACUGCAGACAAUACCUGGACCAGGUUGUCAGACGCCCAGAGACGGAUGAUGUCUCUACACUCCAGAUGUACCAGGAGAGCUUUGUCCAGUUCUCCCCAGAGCUCUUCCAGGAGGUGAAGGGCCAGGCGUGUGCUUUGAGGGGCUCCAGGGGCAUGCGGGUGUGGAACGUAGCGUGGCUAAAGUGUCAGGAGGUCAGGCAGCAGCUAGAGGAGAGACUACAGGAUGUGGAGAGGGCCUUGCGGAACACAGGCCCCUGGCAUGAACAACUUAGAGCUCGUGAGGAUGAGGCCUUGGUUCAUACAGUGACUCAUCGUGAUGGAGUUCUGGUACUGCCCAGACCUGGUCUACCACACUGGUACAAUCCUCCAUCAGGCUCUAUGAUGGGAAGGUAUCACGGGGCCUUGGAGAGCAGGAACAACUCUGUGACCUGCUGUAAUAUAAACUUCAAGCCUGAGAAUAACAGACCUUGUAAACGGUCAAAGACCACCACAAUGCCGGCCUCUCCCCAUAUCAGAUCCAUUAGGAGAGCGGAGAGAGAGCCCAGUGGGAGAGAGGCCUGCCGAGGGAGGAGCAGAGAGGACGCCACCCUUGCCGACUUGCACACUGUGGGCUGUGAGUGGUUCCCGUGGCAACGCGGGGGCCUGGGCCGGUCCACGAGCGAGGACUCGUGUGCGACCGCCACGUCCAGUCAGUCUGAGUCUUGCGUCCAGACGCCUUCCUGUUCCCACGGGAAACCCUCCUGUCGGAUCCUGCAGGCCGCUCAGAAGUUCCAGAUCUCACGGCAUGGCAGCUUCUGCUCAGAGGAAUCCUGUAGUGUCCGAGAGGGGGCAGAGAGGACCUCUUCAAGGAAUACUAGCCCAUCAGUGAGGAGGUGUGAGGGAACAACAUCAUUGGCAAGUUCAGAGGAGAAGGCUGGCAAUAUUAUAAAGCUGCAGCGGAUCAUGGCCGAGCUACUGUUAACAGAGAGGGAGUAUGUGCGCUCCCUGGGUUACAUCCUGACUCAUUACCUCCCCCUGCUGGAGAGGCCUGACGUGCCACAAGACCUGCGGGGCAAACGUGGAGUCAUCUUUGGGAACCUGGAGAAGCUGUAUGACUUCCACGGCCAUUUCUUCCUCAGAGAGCUAGAAGCUUGUCAGACAGAGCCUUUACAAGUGGCUCGCUGCUUCCUGAGACACAGAGAUAGUUUAGGCCUCUAUGCUCUCUACAGCAAGAACAAGCCUCAAUCGGAUGCCUUAAUCCUUCACCAUCGCCCUGACAUCUUCAAGAGGAAGCAGCAGGAGCUGGGGGAUCACAUGGACCUGUCCUCCUACUUGCUGAGGCCCAUCCAGAGGAUCAGUAAGUACAGCCUGCUUCUGCAGGACAUGCUGGGGAUGUGUGGGCCUCAGAGAGACAGGGAAGAGCUCCAGGCUGCAGCCGAAGUGGUCCGCUUCCAGAUGCGUCAUGGCAACGACCUCCUCACCAUGGACGCCAUCCAGGACUGUGACGUGAAUCUGAAGGAGCAGGGCCAGCUGAUUCGCCAGGAUGAGUUCAUCGUGUUCUUCAGAAAGAAGAAAUGCUCCCGCCGUAUUUUCCUCUUCCAGGAUCUCAUCCUCUUCAGCAAGACCAAGAAGACCAAUGUGGGCAAUGAUGUGUACAUCUACAAACAGUCUUUCAAGACAUCUGAUAUCGGGAUGACACAUAACUCUGGAGAGAGUGGUUUCUGUUUUGAGAUCUGGUUCCGGCGGAGGAAGUUCCAGGACACGUACACUCUGAAGGCUGACAGGGCAGAGGUGAAAAGGGCCUGGACCAGAGACCUGGAGCAGAUCCUCUGGGAACAAGCUGCCUACAGCAGAGAACUGAGGAUACAGGAGAGGGUGUUCAUGGGCACGGGGAGGAACCCUUUAAUGGACAUACAGCCUAACGAGGCAGCCAUCUGUGACAGGGCCACCAACUGUGUCCUGCUAGGAAGAGCUCCUGUGUCGUCUUUUCCACAAACAGAUCUUGAAUGUCUCCGGCCCAACUCCAUUGGUUCAGGCAGUAGUGCCUCUACCUCCUGCAGCCACUCAUCUUCCUCCUCUGGACGAGGUUCUUUACCUCCUGUAGGUUACCCUGGUAACCAGAUACAAGCUGGGGAAACCAAUCACAUUGUCUAUUCCUCCCCGGAGACUGUGACUGAAGAUGACCCCAAUAACCAUCAUAAUCACCAGAAACAAAACCUUCAUCUUCUCAUGGACAGCAUGGAGUCGUCAGGUGAGAGUGGCAGUGUGUUCAGCAGCUCGGAGUGCAGCUGCCUCUCUGCCAUUGGUGGAGAGGUGGAGGACUCGUCAUCUGUCCUGUCCCAGAGCUCCCAGUCCUGUGUCACCCAGAGAACAGCAGCACCCAAUCUCAGGAAGAACAGCUCCCCUGCUACGAUCAGGAAGAAGCCCUCCAUUGCUCCCAAACCACCAGUGCUGGCUGCUCCUCAGAGCCUGCAAAAGGGCAAAAACAUGGUUGCUAUAGGAAAAUCAACAGAAGUUUAACCAGUGGAUUUAAUGGAUGGUUCAUCCUGUGGAUCUCUGAGCAGUGAUGAUGGAGAGCAAUCAGGCUGACAGUCAAUUAAAAACUAUGAUAACAGACUGAAUGGACCACUAGUUGACAAGCACUGAAGAGAAAGUGACUUUGUGUCUUUGAAGAACUAAAGUAUCUGGAAUAUUCUAGCUGAAAUAUCAUGAAAAGGAACACAUGAUGGAUUGUGGUCAGUUUUCAAAGUGCUUAUGGUGUCCAUUUAUCUAAUAAUACUUCUUAAGCAACCACUUCUUUAUCAGAUACUGCUUUAACUGAAUGGCUAUUGUUUUACUGUCAUUGGUUCAUAGAACAUACUUUUUUGUCUUUGUAAUACUAGUAGUAUUUCAGCUGUUAACUUUUACAAGGGAUUUCUUUGGAAUUUACACAUCAUUCUCACCAUGUCAUGUUGACUCUCUUGAUGACCCCAUAUUGAUGACCCCAUCUCUUGAUGACCCCAUAUUGAUGACCCCAUCUCUUGAUGACCCCAUAUUGAUGACCCCAUCUCUUGAUGACCCCAUAUUCCCAUGAAAUGUCAAAUAUGGGUUAAUAUUUUUUUCUUCAAAUUACACACAUUUAACACUUUAUAAUGUACCGGUACACAUGUCAAACUCAAACAACUGACUAUAGAAACACUUGUUCCCAUCAGUAUUCUCUGCAGGCUCAGGACAACUUGUCAGUGGUACUCUGACAUAAUUUCCUGCCCAGAUUUAUAGAUAAAUUAGGGAUCAACUAUUGAUGUCCAGGUGGGAUAGCAGAGGAGCAGCAAGUUACUUCCUAUUUUUUUCCCAUUUUACCCCAGCUUUGUACUAUAUUGCCGUGAAAAAUGUAUGGAAAGGGAGAAAACCACUAAAUUGGAAUAAUUUAAGGGGUCCAUCUGGCAUUUUCAACUCAUCAGAAACCAGUGUCUUCAGACUUCUCCAGUUGUUCUAAUAGUCAACAUAUUGAUUUACAAUAUUCAUUACAAACCAUGUAUAUGAUUAAACAUUGUGACCUGACUGACCAAGCGUAGCCCUUUUGGUCAGCACAUAGCCAUCGGUUAAGCAUCAGAUAACAUUGUUGUGUAGGUCACCCUGUUGAACUGAACGCUCCUCUACCAUAGCCCCCCUCCACUGUCCUGAACAGUUUGUGUCACAAAUGGGUUACAUACAAUAUCAGUAAACUAAUUACUCAUUGAGAUAUUCUUUAUUUACAUUUGGGUAGUCAUUUAAUUAUAACCUCUGUGUUUAUUCAUGUAUGUGACAUAAAACAAUAAAAGGUUCAUGAAUUUAAAAAAAGUUAGUUAUUCUUUUUCGGAAGUUUAAAAAAAAGUUGUUGUAAAGUAUAUGCAGACCUGCAUGCAGGUGUGAAGUUUAGAUGUGAGUCUUUAAGAUUUGAGAUUCUUCAAAGUAGCCACCCUUUGCCUUGACGACAGCUUUGCAGACUCUUGGCAUUCUCUCAACCAGCUCCACCGGGAAUGCUUUUCCAACAGUCUUGAAGGAGUUGCCACAUAUGCUGAGCACUUGUUGGCUGCUUUUCCUUCACUCUGCGGUCCAACUCAUCCCAAACCAUCUCAAUUGAAUUGAGGUCGGGUGAUUGUGGAGGCCAGGUCAUCUGAUGCAGCACUCUAUCACUUUCCUUCUUGGUCAAAUAGCCCUUACACAACCUGGAGGUGUGUUGGGUCAUUGUCCUGUUGAAAAACAAAUGAUAGUCCCACUAAGCGCAAACCAGAUGGGAUGGUGUAUUGCUGCAGAAUGCUGUAGAAGCCAUGCUGGUUGACUGUGCCUUGAAUUCUAAAUAAAUCACAGACAGUGUCACCAGCAAAGCUCACCUACUCUGCAUCUCACAAAGACACGGCGGUUGGAACAAAAAAUCUCCAAUUUGGAUUCAUCAGACCAAAGGAAAGAUUUUCACCUGUCUAAUGUCCAUUGCUUAUGUUUCUUGGCCCAAGCAAGUCUCUUCUUCUUAUUGGUGUCCCUUAGUAGUGUUUUCUUUGCAGAAAAUCGACCAUGAAGGCCUGAUUCACGCAGUCUCCUCUGAACAGUUGAUGUUGAAAUGUGUCUGUUACUUGAACUCUGUGAAGCAUUGAUUUGGGCUGCUUUUUCUGAGGCUGGUAACACUAAUGAACAUAUCCUCUGCAGCAGAGGUAACUCUGGGUCUUCCUUUCCUGUGGCGGUCCUCAUGAGAGCCAGUUUCAUCAUAGAGCUUGAUGGUUUUUUGACUGCACUUGUAGAAAUGUUCUUAAAGUAAUGAUGGACUGUCGUUUCUCUUUUCUUAUUUGAGCAUUUCUUGCCAUAAUGUGAAAUUCCACAAAUUAACUUUUAACAACGCACACCUGUUAAUUGAGAUGCAUUCCAGGUGUCUACCUCAUGAAGCUGGUUGAGAGAAGGCCAAGAGUGUGAAAAGCUGUCAUUAAGAGAAAGGGUGGCUACUUUGAAGAAUAUCACAUUUAUUUUGAUUUGUUUAACACUUUUUUGGUUACUACAUGAUUCCAUAUGUGUUAUUUUAAGGUUUUGAUGUCUUCACUAUUAUUCUACAAUGUAGAAAAUGGUGAAAACAAAGAAAAACGCUUGAAUGAGUAGGUGUGUCCAAACUUUUGACUGGUAUUGUAUAGUAAGUGGUAUAGCUUUACAAUAGGCUGAAUUUACAAACUUAUGUUUCACUAUGGCAUCUUUAUGUGAUGAAAACCAUUUGAACCAUGUUGAGGAAGGAACCAACAUGACCAAAAAAAGCUUCAAGAAGGACGUGGCUUGACAGACAAAAUGGUCAUAUUACAAAUACUACAAGUAUCCCUGGAGUAACAUUGAAGCGAGGAUAUCAUCAAGCACACUCUCUAGACCAGUAACACCAGACAUUAUUUAAACUAUUGGAUCAAGGUAUAGACUUACUGCCACGCUCUGAUCUGUUUCACUUGUCCUUGUCUCCUCCCCCUCCAGGUGUCGCUCAUCAUCCCCAGUGCAUGUAUCCCUGUGUUUUCUGUCUCUCUGUGCCAGUUUGUCUUGUUUGCCAAGUCAACCAGCGUUUAUCUCCUAGCUCCUGUUUUUCCCAGAAGCACAUUUUUCCUAGGCCUCCUGGUUUAGACCGUUGCCUGACCUGGCCAUUCUUCCUGCCCUGACCUCGAGAUUGUCUAAUGCCCUGUACUGUUUGGACUCUGACCUGGUUUAUGGACUCUCGCUUAUACCCGACCUGCCUUUUGCCUACCCCUGGUGUUAUAAUAAAUAUCGGAGUUCAA